AUGAAGUUGAGAGCUCUGGCGGACAAGUUCUACACCAUUCCGGAGGUUCUCAACGAAAUCAGAGACAGACAGGCUCGUAACGACCUAGCCAUGCUUCCCUUUGAUAUCCAGGUCAUCAACCCAACCGAGGCCUCUGUUCGUGCAGUCGCUGCAUUCUCGAGAAAGACCGGUGAUUAUGCUGUCUUGUCUGCGACCGAUCUGCGUGUUUUGGCCUUGACCUACCAGCUUGAACUCGAAAACUGCGGUAUGAAGCGUAUUCGAACGGAGCCCCAUCGACCCAAUGUUCAAGCCGGGAACAAGAAGCCUGCACCACCAAAGCGUACCAAGCACUCUGCCAAAGAGAUCACUGGGGAUUUUGAGGAGGACGAGUCGACUGAGCAGACCAAGGAGGGCCAGGAACAGCAAGAGACUAAUGAGCAAGGCAACACUGUUUUGGUGGAGGAAUCAGAUGAUGAAGAUGAGGACGAGGUGCAGGUGCAGGACAUUACAGAUAAGCUCGAUAAUAUGUCAACAGCCGAAACUGCAGUAGAGGAGCAGCAAGCCAAAUCUUCAACCACAGUAACCGCAUCUGAAUCAGUAGAGGCAUCAGAGGACUCCACUGCAAAUGCCGAGGUCAAUGAGGGCGAAGAAAAGGUAGAAGGCCAGGGAAACGAGGACGACGAUGAUGAUGGCGAGUGGAUCACGCCGGAGAACGUCAAAAAGUUCAAGCGCCAUGGUACAUUGAAGUCCAAGAAGAAGGUCCGCCAGCCACAGUUCAUGCAAGUUGCCUGUACGACAGGGGAUUAUGCCAUGCAGAACGUGCUUUUACAGAUGGGGCUCAACCUGUUGUCGAUCGAUGGACUCCGGAUCAGCAAAGUCAAGAGCUGGGUUCUCCGCUGCCAUGCCUGCACUAAGGUCACAUCCGAUAUGGAGAAAAAGUUCUGCCCGAGCUGUGGAAACUCUACCCUGAUGCGCACAUCAACCAGCACAGAUCAGAACGGCAACGUGAAGUACUAUCUGAAGAAGAAUAUGGUCUACAACCUCCGCGGCACAAAGUACUCGAUCCCCGCACCCAAGGGCGGUCGCAAGAACAACGAUCUGAUUUUAAGGGAGGAUCAACGCGAGUAUGAGCUGUCGAUGAAGUUCCAGAGGCGGCAAAAGAAGAUUGAUGCUUUUGACCCAGACUACGUUCCCCGUCUGCUCGAAGGCCAGAUCGAUGUCAGGAAUCCCUUUGGCGCACCAGUGAUUGGAUAUGGAAAAAGGAACCCUAACGCGGUUAAAAAGAACCAGACCUUGAGGAGGAGAAGAUAG